AGAUUUUUUUAAGACAUAUCGAAUUCAAUCUUCGUGUAAAAAUUACGAUCGCGAGCGUGUCUGGGUUCGAGGCUUUAUAUAAAUACAUCUAUGUCCUGAAAAUUACCGGCAGUCAUUGCGAGAAUUUUGUAAUGAAGGAAUUGUCGCCCAAGGAGGGCAAAUUUUAAGAGCGUUCACUUGAGCCGAGAAUGCCGGUGAAAGUUGACGUAGUACCACCACCGCCCGCAAACUCAAAGCAGCCGGGUGUCACAAAAUCUUUGCUUUACAACGGUUCGCGAUUUCAAGGCUCUCAAAAGUCUAAAGGCAACAGUUAUGACGUAGAAGUAGUUUUGCAGCAUGUAGAUGAAGAAAAUAGCUAUUUAUGUGGCUAUUUAAAAAUUAAAGGUCUUACAGAGGAAUUUCCUACAUUAACUACAUUUUUUGAUGGUGAAAUUAUAUCAAAGAAAUAUCCCUUUUUAACUCGAAAAUGGGAUGCAGAUGAAGAUGUUGAUAGAAAACAUUGGAGCAAAUUUGAAUCAUUUCGUCAAUAUGCUAAGACAUUUAACUCUGAUACAUUUGAUUAUGAGGCUUUAAAAGGAACUGAUUUUGUUUUUAUGAGGUGGAAAGAACAUUUUUUGGUUCCUGAUCAUACUAUUAAAGAUAUCAACGGUGCCUCAUUUGCAGGAUUUUAUUAUAUUUGUUUUCAAAAAUCUGCUGCUACAAUUGAAGGCUUUUAUUAUCAUCGUAGUUCUGAAUGGUAUCAAUCAUUGAAUUUAAAACACGUCCCAGAACAUAGCAUACAAAUCUACGAAUUCAGGUGAAAUCAAUGACUCACUCAGUUAUUUCUCCAAAUUCAUAUUUUGUCUCUCCUAGCAUACAGAUCUCAUAAAAAUCAAUCUGUUAAGUAGUUUAAUUCAAUUUUGAACAAGCAACAAUUUUUAAAUUGUUUAUGUUAAAAAUAAGGUUCUUGAAAGAAUUAACUACUUAUUUCUUAGGUUUUUUUUUUCUUUCUUUUUAAACAGUAGUAUAUAAUAUAUGGAAUAUACAUGUAUUAAAUUUAAUUUAUAUAAAUAUUAGAUAUGUCAUAAAGAAAAGUCAUAAUUAAAAAAAUGACAAAGAUUGCAGUCAUUGAUACGCUUGAUUAUAAAUUAGAUAUUAUUGAUAUUCAUUGUAAGAUGUUUUAUCGAAAUAAAUUAAUUGAUAUUUUUUGUCAAUUAAA